CUCACGAUGCAACACAAGCUUCCUCUUGAAGAAGGUGCCACACAGAAGAAUCUUUUCUCUUAAGUGAAAAUAUAAUUCACUCGGUCAUAGGAAUGAAGUGGUUUAGCAUUUUCUUGCAGCUGCUGGUGGUGACCUUGACCUGGCACUCGAUCACGUCCACAAAGAUUGAUUGUGCUACCGUGAAAUGCUUUGGCCCUCCCUUGCAUGAAGGUUGCACGCCGCUACAGGGAUCUCCGGGAUCUUGUUGCCUUAAGUGGAUGUGCAAGCUUGUGUGUGAUGAUGGAACAAACUGCAAGCCUUACAUUUUCCCCGACUGCCAGCCUGUGUUUAGCAACGGGACCUGUUGCCCAGACUAUACACCCUGCAGAGGGUAAACAUGUGAGCCUUGUUCGAUGCAUUCAUUAAAAGAGGGAGCCGACGCCUAGCUUACCAGCGGCAGAUUGCAUCAGUGCAAAUGGCUUUUGAAUCAAAAGAAUUAAUGAACUUAACCCAUUCGCCCCAUUGGGCAAGAAUACAUGUCAUGCCCACUGUAAUACAAGUCUAUUUAUUGUAUUUACACAUAGAUGGCUCUACAAGUUCUUAAUCACCAAAUGGCCAGUUAUUAGA